AUGAGUGUCACAAACCUAGUUCGAUAUCAGUCGAUGAUAUCAAGAUUGAGCUAUUUAACAACAAGAUCUCUGCUAAAUAUCGAAUCAAUCAAUUGUGAUGCCCGACGACAUGCUGGUCAUGCUCAUUGGCAAAAUAUUGCAAAGACCAAGUCAGCGAAUGACCAAAUGAAAGGACGUGUGAUAGGAAAAUUAGCUACUAAAAUUGUCACCGCUAUUCGACAAAAUGGUAAUGUUACCGAUCCACAAUACAAUGCAGUUUUACGUGCAACAUUAGAAGAGUGUCGUCGGAAUAAUAUGCCGAAAGAAACUAUUGAUAGAUCAAUCAAACGAGCCAUUGCUCAAAAAGACAAUACAAAACAAGCUCUCUUUGAAUUCGUUGGACCUGGUCGUGUAUUUUGUCUGAUUGAAGUAAUGACCGAUAACCAGAAACGCACAUUGAAUUAUCUUAACAAGAACGCUGCUAAAAUUGGAAUCCCUGAGGUAGCCAAAGGUGGACAGAUAGCUGAAUUUUUCGAUCAACGAGGUUAUGCAUGUAUUGAAAAAGCCAAUGUUACAGAAGACAAAGCUACUGAACUAGCAAUUGAAAUCAAUGCCGAAGAAGUUGUUGAAUCCCUCGAUGAUGACGGUGUACGAGAAGUAUGGAAGUUUCUUGGUCCGCCAGCAUUUUAUGGACAAAUGAAAGUGAAUUUAACUCAACGCGGUUAUAAUGUCACGUCGGAUGGUUCAGAAUUCCUUCCUAAAGUGACUGUACCGUUAAACGAACGCGAUAAAGCAGUACUGAAACAAAUCAUAGCUAUGUUUGAAGACUUAGAACAAGUAGAAGGUGUUCAUACAAAUGCCGCAUGA